UGAUGUCACUAUAUUCACAGUCGCCAUGAUGCAUGCAGCUAGAAGGGCAUGUGCUGGAGUGUUAAAGGCUACACAACAUAGCCUUACAUCACCAGCAGUUCCAGCUUCAGCUAUUAAAGUCCUCCCUGCAUAUUUUAAUACACGCUACUAUGCAGCAGAAGCAGCAGCACAACCUAAAACAGCAAAAGGCCGUGUGGUGUCGGUCAUUGGAGCUGUUGUCGAUGUACAGUUCGAUGAAGACCUACCUCCAAUUCUCAAUGCCUUGAAGGUAGAGAACAGAACACCAAAACUCAUCCUUGAAGUAGCUCAGCAUUUAGGAGAGAACUUUGUAAGAACAAUUGCUAUGGAUGGUACUGAAGGUUUGGUACGAGGAACAAGUUGUAUAGAUACAGGCUAUCCAAUUAGAAUUCCAGUAGGACCAGCUACACUGGGAAGAAUUAUCAAUGUUGUAGGGGACCCAAUUGACGAGAGAGGACCAGUCAACACAGAUAAAUUUUUGUCUAUACAUGCUGAAGCCCCAGAUUUUGUUGAAAUGAGUGUUACUCAAGAAGUACUUGAGACUGGAAUUAAAGUUGUAGAUCUGUUGGCUCCUUAUGCAAAGGGUGGUAAAAUUGGUCUCUUUGGUGGAGCAGGAGUAGGAAAGACUGUUUUGAUUAUGGAACUGAUUAAUAAUGUUGCCAAAGCUCAUGGUGGUUACUCAGUGUUUGCAGGAGUAGGGGAGAGAACUCGUGAAGGCAAUGACUUGUACCAUGAAAUGAUCACAUCUAAAGUUAUUAGCUUGACAGACGACACAUCUAAGGUAUCUUUGGUAUAUGGACAGAUGAAUGAGCCCCCAGGAGCUCGUGCCCGUGUUGCUCUGACUGGUUUAACUGUAGCAGAAUACUUCCGUGAUGUGGAAGGACAAGAUGUGUUGUUGUUUAUUGACAAUAUUUUCCGAUUCACACAAGCAGGUUCCGAAGUAUCUGCUUUGUUGGGUCGUAUCCCAUCAGCUGUAGGUUACCAACCAACACUAGCUACUGACAUGGGUACUAUGCAGGAAAGAAUUACAACAACUAAGAAAGGUUCUAUCACAUCAGUACAGGCUGUUUAUGUGCCAGCUGAUGAUUUGACAGAUCCUGCUCCAGCUACAACAUUCGCUCACUUGGAUGCUACCACUGUGUUAUCCCGUGGUAUUGCUGAGUUAGGUAUUUACCCUGCUGUAGAUCCUUUGGACUCUAAUUCACGUAUUUUGGAUCCACAUGUAGUAGGAGAAGAACAUUAUACAGUAGCCCGUAAUGUACAAAAAAUUUUACAGAAUUACAAAUCAUUGCAAGAUAUUAUUGCCAUUUUGGGUAUGGAUGAAUUAUCGGAAGAAGAUAAAUUAACAGUAGCUAGAGCCCGUAAAAUACAGUGGUUCUUAUCACAACCUUUCCAAGUGGCUGAAGUUUUCACUGGAUCAGAAGGAAAAUAUGUACCACUUAAAGAAUCAAUUAUUGGAUUCCAGAAAAUUAUGUCAGGUGAACUAGAUCAUUUACCAGAAGUAGCUUUCUACAUGGUAGGAGGAAUAGAAGAGGCUGUAGCUAAAGCAGAAAGAUUGGCCGAAGAACAGUCAUAAUACAUACAUCAUCUUAUGGACAUUAAAUUAUUAUAGUGCUGAAUGAGUGAUACUAUUGUUGACUUGUGAAGAAUUGAUUGUCUUAAAACUUCUUGUAUUUUUGACAGUCCAGUUUGAAUAUUAAAUCUUAAUAUAGAAAUUUUA